AUGAUACCUAUUGUGUCCCAUGGAUUCCAAAUUGCGCACAAGGACUACAAUGCUGUUUCUUCGUAUGUACGGACACAACAUCGGACUCGAAAAGUUGUGGAGCUUGCGGUGCCUUGUGUGUCCUCGGCUCACCACCAGUCUGUUGCGACGGAGUAUGCACGGAUUGCACUGGAGCUGAACCCGCCUGUUGUUCUGGUGUGUGCACAGAUCUCAAUAGUAACCUCGCAAGCUGUGGUGCAUGCAACCAAACUUGCACCGGCCAAGCCCCAGCCUGCUGCUCAGGCUCCUGUUUCGAUCUUGCCGUUGAUCCCCGGCACUGUGGUUCUUGCAAUGCAUUCCCCUGUCUUGGACUGCAGACUGGCUGCUGUGCGGGUCACUGUACAGACUUCGCGACCUCAACUACCAACUGCGGCUCAUGUGGUAAUACGUGCAGGGGUGCACACCCUGAAUGUUGCAGUGGAUCUUGUGCAGAUCUACACUCCGAUCCGAACCAUUGCGGUUCCUGUUCAGCUUUACCAUGCGUCGGACUCCAGCCAGCCUGCUGCUCUGGCCAAUGCACCGACCUAA